UUUUAUUUUGAAGGGCCGGACCUGGGGUCACGUGGUCCCCCUGGUUCUGUGUUCGCAGCUCAGCCAGCAUCGGGUGGAGGUUCUGACGGGCCGCGGAACAGGUACCGGCCGCUGAUUGGACCUUCAGGUUCGGUUCGGUGAGAAGCUAAAGCAGACAGGUCCAUUAUCGGACAGUACCGAACCCGGAACCAGCGCAUUUCCGGCCGGCUUCCCACUCUGAGCUGCAAGCGGUCCAAGAGGCCGCUCUGGAUCGGCUUAAUCUGGGCUUAACCUGAGGUUCGGUUCCGAUCAUGUUCCCCUCUGCUACAGGUUAGCAGGCUGCGGCUGGGACCACCGAACCGGACUGAACCGGAACCAGUUUAAACCCAGUUAAUAGAGGGCAGGCGGGGGAUGGUUCGGACAGCGGCUGGUUAAAGUGACGUCACCGGCUUCCUCCAGGAGUUCAGUUCCAUCAGGGUGAUGUGAGCGAUGCUCGCUCGGCCACCAUGCCCGGGGUCACGCUGCGGUACUUCUGCUAUGGCUGCCUCAUCUCCUCGGCAACCUGGUCCGUCCUCCUCUACCUCUACUUCCUGCUGGGGGCGGAGCCUAGCAGGAGCCCCGUCCAGCACCGUCCAAUCAGCAGGGCCGUCCCAGACAGGGGGGCGGAGCUUUCCUCAGAGAUGGGGAUGAUCUUCAACCAAGCGGACCAGGAGGUCCGGGACACGGGCUACCACCGCCACGCCUUCAACGUGCUCAUCUCCAACAGACUGGGCCACCGCCGACCGCUGCCCGACACCAGAGACCCUCAGUGUCGGCAGAAGUCCUACCCCCCCGCUCUGCCCGCCGCCAGCGUGGUGAUCUGCUUCUUCAACGAGGCGUUUUCCGCCCUGCUCAGAACCGUCCACAGCGUCCUGGACCGGACCCCCACCCACCUGCUGCACGAGAUCAUCCUGGUGGACGACCACAGCGAGCUAGAGGAGCUGCAGGCGGACCUGGACCAGUACAUCAAAGACGAGCUGCAGGGGAAGGUGAAGCUGAUCCGGAACCAGCGGAGGGAAGGCCUGAUCAGAGGGCGGAUGGUGGGAGCCUCCCACGCCACAGGGGAUGUCCUGGUCUUCCUGGACAGCCACUGCGAGGUGAAUGAGGCGUGGCUGCAGCCGCUCCUGGCGCCCAUCCAGAGAGACCGGCGGACCGUGGUCUGCCCCGUCAUCGACAUCAUCUCCGCCGACACCCUGGCCUACUCGCCCUCCCCCAUCGUCAGGGGCGGCUUCAACUGGGGGCUCCACUUCAAGUGGGACCCGGUGCCGCCGGCGGCACUGAGCGGCCCCGAGGGGCCCACUGCUCCCAUCAGGUCCCCCACCAUGGCGGGCGGCCUGUUCGCCAUGGACAGGAGCUACUUUGAGGAGCUGGGCCGCUACGACGGAGGGAUGGACAUCUGGGGAGGAGAGAAUCUGGAGAUCUCCUUCAGGAUCUGGAUGUGUGGGGGCCAGCUGCUCAUCGUCCCCUGCUCCAGAGUGGGACACAUCUUCAGGAAGAGGAGGCCCUACGGCUCCCCAGGAGGACAGGACACCAUGGCCCACAACUCGCUGAGGCUGGCCCACGUUUGGAUGGACGACUACAAGGAGCAGUACCUGGCCCUGCGUCCUGAGCUCCGUGACCGUGGUUACGGGGACAUCAGCGAGCGCGUGGCGCUGAGGAAGCGGCUGCAGUGUCACUCGUUCCGCUGGUACCUGGACACAGUUUACCCAGAAAUGCAGGCCGUCGCCGGGGGCAACAAGCAGCAGCCUGUCUUCAACAACAAGAGCCUGAGGCGGCCCAAAGUCCUGCAGCGAGGCCUGCUGCGUAACCUAGUGACGGGCCGCUGUCUGGUGGCGCAGGGUCGAGUCAGCCAGAAGGGAGGGGCCGUGGUGGUGAGGCCGUGUGACCCCAGGGACCCGGAGCAGAACUGGGCGUACGACGAGGACGGCCAGCUGGUUCUGGCGGGUCUGCUGUGUCUGGACGUGUCGGAGGUCAGAACGUCAGAACGACCCAGACUGAUGAAGUGUCACGGCUCGGGGGGGUCGCAGCAGUGGGGCCUGGGGAAGUCCAACCGGCUCUACCAGGUCUCUGUGGGUCAGUGUCUCGCCGCCUCCCAUUCAUCUGGACCCAAAGGCUACGUUACCAUGGCGAUCUGUGACGGCUCCCAGGACCAGCAGUGGCUGCUGGAGAGUUAGCGGGUUCUGGAGGGUCCGCUGGUUCUGGUUCCGGAAGAACCGGGCCUGCAGCAGCAGUUCUUGUUUUUAUCUCUGGUUUUUAAUGCAGAAGUAGCUUCAUGAUGUUCUGCUGAGUUCAAUAAAGUUCUUCAGAACCAC